CAGACCAUCUGUCUUGCAGCACAUUUUGAUUGCUGUAGUUUUCACUGGAGAAAUCGUCACUCUGUGGAUGAGAUAUUUACAGACCAGCCCUACAGUCUGUCUGUCCCUUGACUGCCCUUCCAACAAAUGCGUUGCCGCGCUUGACAAGCCCACACUCUUAUUGUGGUUUUGGCCACAAAACUACAGGUUCAACCUGUCUGACUGCAAGCUGUUGUUUGAUAUUGACGACUGUUUCUUGACGGAUGACAGAUCUUUGUACGGCUCGGCCGAUGCGCUCCUGGUUUUCCACAGGGCCAUCAAGAAGGACCUGUCCAACCUCCCACCCUCUCCGCGGCCUUCUUUCCAGCGAUGGAUCUGGUUCCACAUGGAAUCGCCAACAAACACUGAGAGGAUACCAGGUCUGGAGAAGCUCUUCAACCUCACUCUCAGCUACAGGAGUGAUGCUGAUAUUGUUGUCCGCAACCACUUGGCAAUCAGGAAAAACCCCAAAGACAAGAUUGUGAUUCCCCAAAAGGACAAGCUGGUUUGUUGGAUUGUGAGCAAUACAAACCCCAAAACCGGUACUGUGGUCAGGAAUCGAUAUUACAACGAGCUUAAAAAGUACAUUACAGUGCAUGUGCUCGGAAAUGCCACCGGACAGUUCUUAAAGCACGAGGACUACUACUCCAUCAUAGCCAGCUGCAAGUUUUACCUGUCAUUCGAAAACUCCAUCCACAGGGACUACAUCACUGAGAAGCUGAAUGCACCGCUCACAGUGGGGACGGUCCCGGUAGUUUUGGGGCCCCCGAGAGAAAACUAUGAAAAGUUUGUUCCAGGCAGUUCCUUCAUUCACAUUAAUGACUUUUUGAGUCCAAAAUCACUGGCCCAGUAUCUAAUCAUGGUGAACAGAGAUGAAGAACUUUAUAAGAGCUACUUUCGGUGGAGGAAACAUCUGUCCGCAAAACCACAUCUCAUAUUACAGAACCAAGAGUUUAUACAGCCAAUCUGCACUGCAUGUGAAUAUGUAGCAAAGCACAGAGAGUACAAGGGUGUAAAGGAUAUUUAUGAAUGGUAUUUUUCAUGAAAAAAAAUUUAAUGUUGUUAAAUGUUGAAUUGUGCAAAUACAUGUACUCUUAAUUUGAGUGCUUGGCAGACAA